AUGGAUUCCUCAUUGAAAUUAGGUUCAUAUGAUCCAAUAAAUACAAAUGAAUAUUCAAUGUCAGGACCACGAAAACAACAUCAACAUGUAACAAAAGCUGAAUAUUCACCUAUUGAUUCAUCGCGUAAACUUAAUUUAUUACUUCAUCGUUCACUUCGAUAUUCAUAUCGACAACGAUGUUGUCGAUGUUGUCCAACAAUACUUUGUGAACUUUUAUUUCCAUUAAUUCUUAUUGGAUUAGUAGCUUUAACACGUCAUAAAGCUGAAGCACUCUUUGAAGCAAUAUUAGAAACUCGUUUUUCUGUUCCAAGAAAUUUCUAUCACCAUCAAUGUCCACAAAAUCGAAAUAUAACGAUAACAACAAGUUUAUCAACAGAUUCAAUAAAAAAUUGUUUCAAAUUUCUACCAAAUUAUAAACGAAUUCGAUCUGGAUUGUCCUAUUCACGACCAGCUGCAGACAUAACAAAUUUUGUAUUUCAACCAAUAACAGAUGAUACUAAUGUUCUUGUUGAGCGUGCUAAAACACGUUUGAAAAAUAUGAAUUGUACAAAUACAAAAGUUCGGAAUCAAAAUGUAGAUGAUAAAAAUGAUAGUUAUCUAUUACAAAAUGAAACGGAAAAUACAGUUAUUAUUGAUUUCGGUUCAACAUCUAAUUUAAAAAAUGGGCAUAAUCUUGAUUAUAACAUAAUGGUUCGAAUGCCAAAUAUUAUUCCUAAGACAGAUCCAAUUGAUCUAUCAUUUCUAUCAUUUUUACAUCCAACAUUUAUUCCUGAUCGAUUUAAUGCAAUUGAUUUUGGAGAUUCAAAAUUACCUGAUUUUGGUAAUCUAACAAUGUUUAAUGAUUCAAGAUUGCCUGAAUAUAGUGGAGUAAUAACAUUUAGUGAUUCAAGAUCACGUGAAUUUAGUGAUGUAACAAUGUUUAAUGAUUCAAGAUUCUCUGAAUCUAGUGAUGUAAAAACGUUUAUUCAUUCAAGAUUACCUGAAUUUAGUGAUGUAAAAAUGUUUAUUGAUUCAUUGCUUAUUGGUUAUCAAACGAACAGAAAUAUUGAGUUUGAACUUCAAGGAGAAUCCAUAACAUGUACGCCAUAUCGUGAAGAUUUUCUUUUUGAAUCAGGACCGGCAUUGGUAACAAUAGUUUUAAUCUUUAUUGAUUUUGUAUAUUUUAUUCCAUAUUUAAUUCUUCUAACCAGUUUAAUUCAAGAAAAAAAUGCUAAAGUUAAAGAAAUUCUCAAAGUAAUUGGAAUUGAACCUAUUUUAAAUAAUUUUGCUCAAGCAAUUCGAACAUUAAUUAUUCUUUGUUUUUUAACUAUAUUAUUAUGUAUUAUAUUUAUAUUAGAAUUGAAAUCUGAUACAUAUUUUAAUAUAGUUAAUUUUGGUGUUCUUUUUCUUGGAUAUUUAAUAUAUGGUUUACAAUUAAUAUCAUUUUGUAUAAUGAAUGCACAAUUAUUUGAUAAAACUUUUCGAGCAGUAUUAGGCACUUUUUUCAUAUAUGCUCUAUCAAUAUUUAUAUAUCCAUUUAUUAUUGGAUGGCCAACAGCUAUACAAUAUAUAUUGAUAUUUGUUAGUCCCUAUAUUGCUGGACGUUCUAUUUUUCAACAAGUAAUUUUACAUAAUUUAGCAUAUAAAAAUGUAGCAUUCUUUCAAACAAUUUAUCGUCAUAUACCAAUAUAUUUUGUAACAUUGUUUAUUAUGAUUAUUAGUUGUACCUUCUAUUGGAUUUUAUCUUGGUAUUUGGAAAAAGUUGUUGUAGGUGAAUACGGUAUUCCACUUGAUUGGAAUUUUCUUUUCAAACGAGAUUAUUGGCGUUCAGAAAAAGUUAAUCAUACUAUUCAAUCAUUUGCUGGUCGUGCUUUACCUCUUAAAAAAAACCAUUCUAAUAUUGCACCUAUUGUACAUGUAAAUCAUCUUGUUAAAAAAUUUGGUCUUGAUAAAAUCGCAGUUAAUGAUGUAUCAUUUGAUUUAUAUAAAAAUCAAAUAACAUCAUUACUUGGACCAAAUGGUUCAGGUAAAACAACAAUAUUUAAUUGUUUAAUUGGAAUAUAUAGACAAACAUUUGGUAUAAUAACAAUUGAAAGUGAAGAUGGAAGAAAUUUUGAUACACGAACAAAUAUGGAAUUAUUAAGAAAAUCGAUGGGUUAUUGUCCUCAACAUGAUAUUCUUUUUGAUUUAUUAACUAUAAAAGAACAAAUUGAAUUUUAUGCAACAGCUCGAGGAUUUGAAAAAAAUAAACAACAAAUAGCAUCUGAAAUGCUUCGUUUAGUUAAUCUUGAAGAAUCACAAGAUCUUUAUUGCAGUGCAUUAUCACGUGGAAUGAAAAGGCGUUUAUCAUUAGCUUGUGCAUUUGUUGGCGAUACAAAAAUAGUUCUCCUUGAUGAACCAUCGAGUGGUCUUGAUCCAUCUAAUCGUCGUUUAUUAUGGGAUUGUAGUGGAAGCAGUGCCGGAACUAUAUUAAAUAAUAUACUUGCUCGAAAAAUUACAUUUGGUUUUCUGAUCACUUUGAUUUUACCAUCUGUUGCUGGUUCAUGUCUUGUAUUCUAUCGUGUGAUACAAAACAAAGAAAUAUUUAAAAAAAUAAAUAAUCAGUUGAUCUUUUGUCUUUUCUUGAUUUAUUUUAUUCAGGCUACAUUUGAUUUACCUCUUACAAUAAUGUUUCUUCAUCGAGGUGAAGUACCAAUUCCGAACUAUACAUUUUGUACAUAUUGGUAUAUACUAAUUUCUGCUCUUAAUAUGUGUACUAUGUAUUUAAAUGCUUAUUUAUCAGUUGAACGUUACUUACUCGUAUUUCAUAAUCAAUUUCUACUCAAAUACAAGAACAUUCUACAUUAUAUGCCAAUGUUUUUAAUACUUAUCAUUUCGGUAGUCUUUGUAUUCAGUUUUUCAGUGCUCUAUCCAUGUCAAACUCAAUUUAAUUAUAAUGCUAUUGUAUGUGGCAGUGUAUGUUCUAUAUUAAUUCGAGAUUUUGGGCUAUUUGUGUGGAUUUUGACGUUUGUAGCACCAUUAUUUGUCAUCAUUUUCUCAAACGGUUUUAUUCUUACAAGAGUUAUUCUUCAUAAACGACGAAUGUUACAAAAAAAUAUUUGGCAAAAAAAUAAAGGAAUGGUAUUACAACUUUUAUCAGUUACGGGAAUGUUAUAUAUUUCUUGGUUACUUAUAAGUAUUGCUACAGUCAUCAAUAUAGUACAUUCAACUCCACUCUUACUAGAGCUCAAUAGUAAUUGGUUAUUAAUUGGUUUGAUUUAUAUUCCUGUGUUAAGUGCACCAUUAACAACAAGUAUUGCAAUAUCCGAACUGACGAAUGAUAUUCGUAUUUGGUUUAAUCGAAGACGUCCACAUGUUAAUAUUGCUCAAACUCGUCCCACUAUUCGAACUGGAACAUAA